AUGGCGCUCCUCGUCGAAGGCCUGGGCACCGCCGGAGACACGGCCAUCGAGGAGUACAUCGUCGGGCCCCCGGGCCCCGCCGACGAGAACGCCAACGCGACAGUCCUGUACGGGCCCGAGCGCGGCAUGUCGUGGGUGGCGCAGCCGCUGCCGCUGGGCGCGCAGGGCAGCAUGCUGGGCAGCGCCAUCGGCCUGGGCUCGCGCCAGGGCAGCAUGCUGGACCACCUCAAGGACCCCGUCGUCGCGCUCCUCGGCAGCGUGCACGACCUCAGGCCCCCCGUCGCGGCCGACGCCACGAGCACCCGCGGCAGCAUGCUCUUCUCCAACCUCGGCAGCAUGCUCAGCUUCCACGACAACAAGCAGGCGCCCCUGGACUGGGACGAGGAGAUCGCCGGCUGCCAGUCGGACGACGAUGCCAGCGGCACGGGGGAUCUCCGCGCGCCGCUGCUGGACGCCCGCGGGCUGAGCAGCAUGACGGGAGGAGGCGACACGGCCACCACCAUGGGCAUCGGCGGCGGCUGGCAGCUGGCGUGGAAGUGCCCGGACGGGCCGGAGGGCGGCGUGAAGAGGAUGUACCUGCACGAGGAGGCGGGCGGCGGCGGCGGCGAGGACAGCGUGCACGCGGCGGCGCUGGUGAGCCAGUCGGCGCUGUACCUGCACGCCGCCAAGCAGCAGGGGGACGGGGAUGUACACGGACCGUCGUUCGUGCACCCGGCGGCGGUGUCGGAGGAGGCCGCCGGCAGCGGCGGCGGGGCGCGGUGGCGCGAGCUCCUGGAGCCUGGCGUGCGUCACGCGCUGGUGUGCGGCGUCACCAUGCAGGUGCUGCAGCAGUUCUCGGGCAUCAACGGCGUGCUCUACUACACGCCGCAGAUCCUGGACCAGGCCGGCGUCAGCGUGCUGCUGGCGAGCCUGGGGCUGAGCGCCGACUCCACGUCCAUCCUCAUCAGCGGCCUCACCACGCUGCUGAUGCUGCCCACCAUCGGCGUGGCGAUGCGGCUCAUGGACGCAUCGGGGCGGCGGAGCCUGCUGCUGUGGACGAUCCCGGUGCUGAUCGCGUCGCUGGCGGCGCUGGUGGCGGCGAGCGUGGUGCCGAUGGCGGCGACGGCGCACGCGGCGGUGGCCACGGGGAGCGUCAUGGUGUACCUGUGCUGCUUCGUCAUGGGGUUCGGGCCCAUCCCCAACAUCCUGUGCGCCGAGAUCUUCCCGACGCGGGUGCGGGGGCUCUGCAUCGCCAUCUGCUCGCUAGCAUUCUGGCUCGGUGACAUCGCGGUCACCUACAGCCUGCCGGUGAUGCUCAGAUGGGUGGGGCUCACUGGGGUGUUCGGCUUCUACGCCGUCGUCUGCUGCCUGGCGCUCGCCUUCGUGGCGCUGCGAGUGCCGGAGACCAAGGGCCUUCCCCUCGAGGUCAUCAUCGAGUUCUUCAACGUCGGAGCCAGAGGACUGCCAGCCAUGGCGGCCGAUGCAGAGCAGGAUCACCGUUGA